UUACCCUUUGAGCUGAAAACAACACAGACCACAAUGUUUAAGCUGGUGGUGUUGUCCUCCGUGUUGGCCAUGGCGGCCUCCAGCGCUAUAGCUCCGUGGGGCUUGGGUCUUGGCUGGGCUGGUGCGCAUUUAGGUAUUGCCGCCCCACUCGCUGCGGCGCCCGUUGCCUGGGGUGCGCCCGCACUAGCAGCUUACAACUACCGCGGACCUCUGUCGCUCGCUCCAGGUCAGCCCGCCAAUAUUUUGGCUGCUGACGGCAGGCCUCUUGACACUCUCAGUGUGAACUUGGACCGCGCUGCUCACUACACCGCGAGAGCCGUCGACGGUCACGGUUUGCACGUUCUUAAGAAGCGUUCCGCUCCCCUGCUAGCGCCCGCCGCCGCAUGGUCACACACCGCCCGUUUUGACCUACCUGCUGCCCGCCUGAUCGCCCCCGCUGUGGCUGCGCCCCUGGUUGCUCCAUUGGGCGCUCCUCUCGCAGCGCCCCUUGGACUCGGUUGGCGCGCCCCAGUUGCUCCCCUCGGAUUAGGCUUCGGCCAUGCCGCUGCCUAUGGUCAUUGGUGUCGUUCCUCAACAACACAGACCACAAUGUUGAAGCUGGUGGUGUUGUGCGCUGUCGUAGCCGCUGUGGUUGCCGAGCCUGGGGUAUUAUUGGCAACACCGGUUAUUGCGCCAAUCACAUACUCGUCUGUCGUGGCACCUGCCACUACCACUAUCACCAAGCAGGCCAGCAGCGUCGUGCAUCCCUCGCCCUACCACUACUCCAUCCCCUUGACAUACACACACUUCAUCAAGAAACGCUCCGCCCCUCUGACUCUCGCAACGAGCUACUACGCGCCUUCUACAUACAUCGCCGCUACUCGGUAUCUGACCCCGGGUUACACAUCACCUAUAGUCCACUCUGCUUAUGUGGCCCCCGCUCCGUUGACUUACACAAAUGCUUUACAUCUCAUCAAGAAACGAUCAGUGAGCUACGCUCUCCCAUCCAUCUACAUUACGCCGACCACGUACGCCGCUGCUCCUCUGCUGUCCACGUAUACUGCUGGAGCACACAUUAUUCCUGCUACGCCUGUUAUCGCAGCUGCUCCCGUAGCCUACUCGCACUUGAUCAAGAAACGUUCCGCACCUUUGAUUGCCAGUGCCUACAUUGCCCCUACUUCCUACUCUACCCAGUCUAGAGUAGACGUACACUCAUCUCCUCUCAUUACUUCGUACUCUUAUGCUGCUCCUCUCACUUACUCUAGUCCGUUAUUUACUCCCUUCUACUACAAAAAGUAAAAGCUCUAAUUCGACGAGAACUAUGCAAAGUUAAAGGAGAUUACUACAAGACUGGAAACAUUAAAAAUAUUCUUAAUAUUAUGUAGCAAACUAUUAUGAUGUAUAUACUAAACGACAUUUAAAUCUAAUACCUUAUUUCUUGUGAAAGUCAACUGCAAUAAAAUAUAUACU